GUUUCAGUUUGAGCACACGUGAAGAAGGUACAGCACAGCCAUGGCAGCCUGCAUGCGAACUCUCGCAGCGUGUCUGAUGUUGUUUGGUGUAGCUUCCCCAAAAUACACCACCACCAGAUCUGAAAUCAAAAACAGUCCCUUUUCUGACAUGACCAUCACUUUUCCAAAUGACAUCCCUGUUGCUUCCGGCACAGCCACAGGAUUCAGCAGCCGUCAGUCAUCUGCCACGUCUACUUCCCAAACUGAUACAACCACAAGAUAUAAAAUAGGCACCACAGCCGAUCCUGACAUGAUCUCCGCUUACCAAACUGCCACCACCGCUGGAUCCAAAGUAGAGACCACUGCUUCUCCUGGUACGAUCCACGCUUACCAAACUGCCACCACCGCUGGAUCCAAAGUAGAGACCACUGCUGGUCCUGGUACGAUCCACGCUUACCAAACUGCCACCACCGCUGGAUCCAAAGUAGAGACCACUGCUGGUCCUGGUACGACCCACGCUUACCAAACUGCCACCACCGCUGGAUCCAAAGUAGAGACCACUGCUGGUCCUGGUACGAUCCACGCUUACCAAACUGCCACCACCGCUGGAUCCAAAGUAGAGACCACUGCUGGUCCUGGUACGACCCACGCUUACCAAACUGCCACCACCGCUGGAUCCAAAGUAGAGACCACUGCUGCUCCUGGUACGACCCACGCUUACCAAACUGCCUCCACCGCUGGAUCCAAAGUAGAGACCACUGCUGGUCAUGACACGACCCACGCUUACCAAACUGCCACCACCGCUGGAUCCAAAGUAGAGACCACUGCUGGUCCUGGUACGAUCCACGCUUACCAAACUGCCACCACCGCUGGAUCCAAAGUAGAGACCACUGCUGGUCCUGGUACGAUCCACGCUUACCAAACUGCCACCACCGCUGGAUCCAAAGCAGAGACCACUGCUGGUCCUGGUACGAUCCACGCUUACCAAACUGCCACCACCGCUGGAUCCAAAGUAGAGACCACUGCUGCUCCUGGUACGACCCACGCUUACCAAACUGCCACCACCGCUGGAUCCAAAGUAGAGACCACUGCUGCUCCUGGUACCACCCACGCUUACCAAACUGCCACCACCGCUGGAUCCAAAGUAGAGACCACUGCUGCUCCUGACAUGACCUCCGCUUACCAAACUGCCACCACCGCUGGAUCCAAAAUCAAGACCGCUGCCGCUUCUGGCACAACCCAAGCUUACCAAACUAACACUACCGCUGGAACCGAAAUUGGCACCACUGCUGCUUCUGACACUACUCGUGCUUCCCAAACAGUUACAGUCACUGUUUCCCAAAUCAGCACCCGAUUUAGUACCGCUAGCAGUGGCAGAGGACUACAGGAGGUGCACAAGUGUAAGGGUCUGAGCUCAGGAAGCAUUGCAGCCAUUCUAUGCACAUUCGCAAUCAUGGCCAUUCUGAUUUUUUGGGGUCUAUACUACAAGUACCGACAACCAUCCUGUGGCUGCCGAGAGACCAGAAAUGCUCACAACGCCUUUGGGUACUUCAGUAACCCGGUGUACGACCCUUAAGCCCACUAACUCUACAAGUGACUUCCACAUCCAAGACCUCUCCAAGACCAAACUGCAGAAAGAGCGUGUGUGUUGGGUAUUCUUGCAAGUCACAUGAUGGAACAGCAAAAUGCAGUUUAAGAUAUUUAUUAAAAUAGAUCCUAGAUUGGUGUUGCGUUUCAAAGUCUAAAUAAUUCACAAUGCUUUACGGCUUCAUUGACAAGAUGCUAGGAUCUUUUUCCUACGCAACUUUGUGUUGUGUGCUUUGCCGUUUUAUUUAUUUUGAUACGUAGGCUUGUGGCAUUUUGGGCUGUGUUCAAGUGUAUAAAUGAGAACUGCUAGCAAGAUUUUGCAUUUGUUUUUUUGCAUGAACAUACGUUUUAUACAGAAAUGUGUCACGAUCAGUCACGGGCAGGACCCCGAAAUGCAGAGAGAGGUGAGGUGCAGAUAAAGAAUCGAUGCUAAACCAUGUCCAAAACACAAAAAAACAAAGGAGGAACACAACGGGAGGUAGGAACGCACACGGAAAGGAGAAUAAAACCAGGGAAAUGGCUAAAUGAGAUGUGAUGGAUGCAUUCGCACACAGGUAGCAAUCAAUAGCCAAAGGGAAACUAAUGGACUGGCGACAGCAUGCUGCCGGCUCUGUGCUUUAAGUGCGAAGUGAAGGAGUGAAAACUUAUCUCAACACAGAACAGGUGGUAACACACAAAAAAAAGCACAAAACAGAAAAUGUAUAAAAAAUGAUUGCAAUAAGGAAAUAACAGAUGCAAAACACCUGUCCGGACUGAAUCAUUCCAUUUUAGAAGAUGGAAUGUAUGCAAAAUAAGAUUUUUGUACAUUGUAAUGGCAACUGUUCUCAUUGCUACAAUAAACUGGAAUAAAACAGGAACGCAUUAGGGAUUUGUCUUUUUGAAUUGAAUCUUGCACAAGAUGUGAAAGAUGUGUUGCAGUCAGGCGUACACAGUGAAGGGUACAAGAGUCCCCUCUAAUGAAAAACAAGAGAUAAAGCGUCGAUUUUUGCACCGCUCAUUUGAUUAGAGCUGUCCAAUCAAGUCAGACUGGGGUUGUCCCACCUGGCUGUUGAGCACGAACUGAUGAAGCCUGCUCGGGAUGAGAGGCCAAACUUCUUCUAAGCAAGGUAACCUGAACAGUCCUACUGCGAUCGAUUCAAUAUCCUGAGAGUACCGUGACCUGGAUGAAUGAGAAUAUUCUCAGGCAACAGACAGAGAUGUCUCUCGUGACACGCAAACAUGUGACUUAUUACUGUCUCAGAGUAUGAUACUCACUCAGGCUAAAGACAAAAUAGCAGUCUAGUCAUAAGUAUCAUGAACAUGCCUCUCACGCCAUUCAGCUGUUGGGUCGGGGGCGUGGUUUAUGUUUGUUAUGUUUUGGCCGCCAAAUAGGAGUUUCCCGUCUUGGCAUUCAUUCUGUUGUUGCCGGUUGAAGAAUAAUAUAUCAUGUUUGAGACCAACUCUGCGUGUUCCUUUCAACUGCCAUACUGUGCAUGUAAAACUACUGUUCUAAUGGUGUGGAAAAGAACAUAAGCCGUACCGCACACAUGAUAUCAGUCAUAUUAACUCAUUGACUGCCAGCCGUGCUCAGAGCAGAGAGCUCUAUACUGCCAGAGAUUUCAAGACCCACAGAAAAUUGAGUUUUAGGACUACAUAAACAUUGAAACUAUCUCAAGAAAUUUUAGACUCUGUUCUUUCAUCAGAAAAAAAAAGUUUGUUUCUAGCUUUUUUGGGUCUUUAGAUGUUGGCGGUAGAAUUGGCAGUACUUUCAGCAAAAACACCUGAUUUUGACCAAAAAAAACCAGAGAAAACAAGUUUUUUCUGCAGAGAAGCAAAAUUUAAGCAGAGUGAUGUUGGGGUCUGCCGGAUGUUGGGGUGAAUCCCUGCUGCUGACCGAUCCAGACGGCAGCCACUCGUCAGAAGAAUCAGGGUCGUCGGGUUCUGAGUCACCCGACUCUGAACUGCUUCCAGUGUCAGGCUCCGGUGUGGCGCCACAUGGCUGCAUGUGUUUCACCAUUUUCCUCUCUCAACCGACAAUCCGUCUUCUUCAUAGACAAUCUGUCGCUGCCGGUUGGAGGAAAAGAGAACUGUUGCCCCCUACUGGGACUGAAAUAAAUUGCCUACAAGUCCAAAAUUCACACACAAGAUGAAUAAGACUUUGAUCUGUAGCUUCCGCGAAAAAAAGCAAAAGACGUCAAAAGAAAUCUUUGGCAGUCAGCGUUACUUUUUGAAAAGACAUCAAUAGACGUCUUUGGCAGUGAAAGAGUUAACUAUGGUACCGUUAACAGCUCAUCUAAUAACAAGUGUGACUAUGAGAAAAUUCUCCUAUUUCCUAAAGUAGAUAAAGUCCUUAAGGCCCUGUCACACCUUCACGAUUUAGCCAACGCAUGCCCGACGUGAUAAUUUUGAUGGCAUACAUUGAACUGUCGAUGUUUUUUUUCCAUUUUAUAGCAUAUAGCGUAUUCAUAACGAGUUGGACGUAUACAUGACGUAUUAGUAACUUAUCUGGAACGUUUCUAUAACUUAUAGACUACUUAUACCAACGAAUGCGUAGCGUGUUGCCGGCGUUCACAACUUAUGCCCAACGCCAGUCUAACUUAUGCAAACCACGCGGCAGCGUAUGGCCGACGAUCACGUGCCGUAGCCUAUAAAAAGGCUGCCACUUGAUGACUCAAAUCAUAACCUCACUAAACAGUGUCAACAUCACCAUCAUGCCGAAGAAAAUUUCGAAGACCGCUGCCUAGAAGUAUCAGAGUAUCCCACUCUCACUCUGAUGGAGAUGACGCAGGUUCUAACGCCUCUCAGGCACCGUCAAUGGUAUCGGAAACUGCUUCCCCAGUGGCCUCCAUCUCCUCUCAGCCAACUCUUGCCAAGAGGAGAGCCAAGAAGACACAGUUUUGUCUCAAGGCAUGUUGACGUAUUACAACUUGUGUGUAACUUACAAAUAACGUGUGUGAACGGGCGUCAACGAUCGCAUAACUUAUUGCCCGCGUAUGCGGGACGUAUGAAUCAGACGUUGACAUACAUCAAAAAGUUUUGUGAAUGCACAAAAUUUUUGGACAACUCGGACGUACUACGACGUAUGCCGGCGUGCUUCAGCGUGCUCUUAACUUAUACAAAACUUACCCAUAACUUAUUCGACGUACGCUAACGUAUUGGCCAAAUUUUUCAUACGUUGGCGUACGCUGGCUAAAUCGUCAAGGUGUGACAGGGCCUUAAAAUCCUCCUGGGAGAUUAUUAUUAUCUAACAAGUGAAUCAUCUCAACACUUUUAUUGUAAUUCAUAAGAACAUUACGCAACAUUUAAUAUAGUUUAACGCUUUAAUACUCACAUCUUUGAGAUGAAACGUGUCACUCUAGGCUUCAUCUCUAAAACUACUGCAUUCUAUGCUGCUGUCAAGAGCCUCUGACCCAACUCGUCUGUCUACCUUUGUUGUGACUGUGAAAAAGGUUGACACCUUUGGUAGUUUUGAUAAAAACUGUUUUCCUCUCCCCUUCUCCGCUUCUCCACUCCACUCUACUUGGGUAACUCCGCUUCGUUUUUCCCCAAACCCUGGCAGCAAGUUUGUUUUGCUCCCGUUUUCCAUAAUCAAUCUGCACAUGCACAAUAACAUGGAAUAGUCCAUUGCAUGAUAAGCGAGGGGGGAACAGUCAAAACCAUCGUGAUAGAUGUAAUUUUAGGCGCAUGAAUUAAGACUAAAACAGUAAUAUGUACUUUAAAUCAAAGAACAAAGUCCGUCCGUAUGAGACGUCCGCCCCUGAAUGUUGCCCAUUACGAAAAGAAGACAUUGAAGAGCUUGGCUGCUGUCACUUGGGACAGUUCAUUUUAACAGAAGUUGAUGUCAUAUUUCUUACAAGUUAAAAUUUUCCAACCAGAGGCAAUCAAAAAAUCUGAAAGAAAUUGUUUAAUUAUUACUUUUUACUUUUUCUGGCUAUAACUUAACUAACUAAAGCUAUGGAUGUACAGUAUAAUAAUUCAUCUCGGUCGUGAUUUCCCCCCAAGUAGUUGAGGAUAUAAUGCAACUUUUAUUGCUGAAUGUGUUUCCAAAAACUGUACUGACUCAUAGGCAACACUUGUGACACUCAGGAAGUGUGAUAGGUGAAUGAAAGCGGGGAAGUGGUUUGUUGUUGUGAGAUAUACAUAGUGUGUGUGUAUAUCUGUGCGUGCGUGUUUGUGAUAAUUAGAAGGGUGACUAAUUGUUCAAGUGGAUAACUGACUCGGCUCUUGGACAUUUUAAUUUUAGUAGCAUUUAAAAUUGAGUACAACAUGUGCACAGCUGUUACUAAUAGGCGUUUUGAGUACCGCUAAAAACAUGUACUUUACAGUGAGACUGUUGACCCCCACCUGCCUCCAACAUCUUGACUCAAAGUCGUUCAAAAUGACAAGGCUAAGGGUUUCGUUUAUGUAUUAUCAAAAUUACAGCAAGGAACAUCAAAUGAUCACGCUUGCAUGAUUUGACAUGCCUCCCCCAAAAAAGAGGGUUCUUUGCUACGAAGUCUCCGAGCAGGCUGUUGCCAGGGACAACCCACAGGGUCUGCUCACCUUAGGGUGUGUAACAACAUUAUGUUGUCCUCAUAUAGAGGAAAGUGCUCUGUAUCUGUGUAAAAUAUGGUGAAAUAUUUGUAUAAUAUUUAAAGCUCUUUUAUUAUGGUCUUGUGUUUGUAUUA